AUGAUCGUUGUGCGCACAGACACAGUAGCGGCGGCGCGCGAGCAGGAGUUGAGCCUCACGGUGGCCAACGUGUUCGCACAGCCGCGCCUGUCGCGCCUGGCAACAACAUUGGAACAAGCACUGGCGUUAGAUGACUCUUCCCCCGAGCCUUUCUCGCUCCUGCCAGCGCAUGUCGAACUCCAGGACCUUUUGAGGUGUGCCAAGGACGUACUUGAGCCAGCCAACCAAGUACAAGACGUAUAUCCUGCUACGAGUAUGCAGGUCUCCUAUCUUCAUGGUGCACUCAUCACUCCACCAGCUGGAUGCCAUGCUUUCUACCUAGACCUCCCGUCUUCAACUAAUAUCGACGUCGCGCGUGCCUGUUGCAACGCUAUCUGGGUAUCCAUCGACAUACUACGCGCGGUUUUUGUGGAACAUAGUGGUCGGUAUUGGAACAUCAUCGGCCAUAGUCGAGGACCAUCUCCUAUCAAUGUAUCUGAGAACGAAGCAGAUUUGGAAAUCUCUUCGGAAAAAAUCUUUCGGCAAGCUCUGGAUCAGCCUCUUCAACUGGGCACUCCUUACACCAAAUUCUUCAUUGUUGUGUCCCCCGGAUACCCCGUCCGCUUAGGUAUGCGACUGUGUCACGCACAGUAUGAUGGUGUCAGCUUUCAGACACUGGUAAACAUGGUAGGUCGGACUUUGGACAACCUGCAGCAGGAAUAUGACAAACAGCCAUCAUUUACUGCAUACAUACGGCACGCGCAACAAAAUGAGGCAGCCAGCCUGCUCCACUGGUCAAAGCUGCUUCAAGGUUCUGCACCCCUCCCUUUUCUCUCUGCAAGGCUAAGGAGCAUUCCGGGUCCUCCGCAAUCAAUGGCUGCAGAGGUUCUGGAAUGUAAAGUCCGUGUUCAUCACAGUCACAACGCCAGAGAUUCGACUAUCGCAACGAGUUUUGCAGCCGCCUGUGCGCUGGCCUUAUCAUAUGCCACUGAUGUCGAGGAUGUGGUCUUUGGUUUGGUCGUUACUGGACGAGCUUCAGUCCCUGCAAACCUCCUAUCUGUCUACGGUCCAUGCUUAGGAAUCAUCCCCAUUCGAUUGCGGCUACGGCCAGGUGAGACGUUGGACGAAGCUAUUGUGGAGUUACAUCGUCAGCGGACGGAGUCUCGCGCGUUCGAAACCAGCACGUUUGCGAACAUUCUUCAAGCGUGCACAGACUGGCCCACCAAUCAACGGCAGUAUAGCUGUAUAAUUCAGUUCCAAGACAUCGAGGAAGAACCGUCCUGGGACAAAAGGAUUCGCCACAGCGUCUAUCGACGCUCAUUGACAACAUCUCAACCGGCGCUCGUCGUUUUUGCAAGACCUGUGCAAGGAGAAUUGGAAAUUUCAGUGUUGGGUGGACGAAACUACUAUGAACGCCACGAAUUGAAGAGCGUGUUGGAUACAAUAGCGAGAUUACUGUGCGGACUAGACCGUUGA